CUAAAAAUCAAGCGUACCGGUACUAGGAUCGGAGCUAGCUCGGAGUGCAGAUUAUAUUACGCAAUAGUGCUGUGUCACUGUAUUGCUGCGACAAGGUCGGACACUAGUAAUGACGACUGUCAUAUUUUUGCAAAGAAUUUAGAUGUGACAUUGUUGAAGGUAGUCAUGGGGUCAGACAGCUGGGAGUGGUUUUGUGGGGUCAACAGUUCUGACCUCCACUUCUUUGAUGGCUUUGCUUGGAAUAAGGACCACAUAGCAAACAACACAUGCUUUUCAGAUGCACUGGAUGCUGCCCCACACGCAGUCUUUCUUGUCGCCUUCAGUUUUUUGCUCUUUGUUAUGGGAUGCUGUACAGGGUACCGAGCUAUCAACACCAAGUAUCUCCUUCGCUAUAAAGGUCAUGCCUAUAAAUGGAUGCUUCUUGGUAUUCUUCUCCUUGUCCAUUUAACUUCCAUUAUUGAAGGGAUUUUAACAGAUGAAAACUACAUAAAUGGAAGUCAACCAACACAGCCACAUUUUUACCUGCCUUCAAUCACAGCAUUUGUGGCAUCAUUUAUGUCUCUGAUUUUCUACCAUCACAUGGAGUUAUGGCAGUGUGCUAGUAUGUCAUUGAUUUUAAUGCUGUACUGGACUCUUGCUAUCCUGGGCGAAGUAGCUGUUCUCUUAAACCUGAUCAGUCUUGGCCAAACUGGUUAUGACUGCAUGAGGUUUGAUCUUACCAUCUGUACCCUUGUACUUUAUGGCCUGAUUCUCUUGCUAGAGUUCAACAUCAUCAGAAUUAAUGUUUGUGGAUGUUGCCAGAAUGGAGAGAGUAAAUCAUUACCCAAGGACCUAAGAGGAUUAGACAUGUAUUACCUCGAUCAACAUGUGAAUCUUCUCUCACAGGUAACAUACUGGUGGUUAAACUGGUUAUUGAAGUUGGGUUACAAACGUCCACUGGAAAUGUCAGAUCUGGGUGAUCUACCACUUAUCCAUGAAUCUAACUACAACCAUAACAGAUUCAGAGACGUCUUUGAAAAAGAAAAGGCAAGUUUUGACAUUCUUAAGAACAUUUUUCUUAAUCAAUUUCUUGAUUUAAUUUUUUAUUUUUAACAGACAUAUUUGGCUUUAUCCUCCCUUCCAAAUAUCCUUUCUCUCUUGUCUCUCGUCUUUGUCUCCUGUCAGUUUGAGUUAUUAAACAGGGGCCCGUUUCUCAACACCUGGAUAAGUUAGUCCUAUCUUUAUUCACCAACCACGGAGUUAGUUCUAAUCUUACUAAACCCGUUUCACGAAGGGCUUCCUAACUAGAAUCCCUUGAUAUCAAUACUAUUGGUAAAAAGAGCAGACGAGACGUAGCCUUAGUCACAAAAUAGCGUAAUUAAGAAAAAGAAAAAUUAUGAUAAAAUUGCAAAUAUCGUGAUGAAUUUGGAAAUACAUCUUUUCAAAAUAAUAGCAGAGGUAAAUUAUGCAUCAUACAUACUUAAACCAUGGAGACUAGAGCAUUCAAUUGACGAGAAAAUGAAAUCACAUGUGGAAGUUGAGAUCGGUACCCCUGGGAUAUCAAAUUUUGAUAGUUUGCGAAAGUAAAUCAUAAUGGGUUUAUUUACAGAAUGAUGAUAAUUAUACGUUUUUUUUAAUGAUUCCAAACAUCAUCAAAAUAUAGUUUAAUAUAAAUUUUUUUAAUCUUUAGACAUUGAAAUAUACGAUUUCACAAAUUAUAUGCAUUAAUUAGAGAUUUACCCUAAUGUUAAUAGGGGUCUAGAAACGACAAAUACGGCUCCAGUUAUCGAUGGCCUGACAUGGUAGAAUCUGUAUUGAUUCAAUUAUUUUACUAUUUCAAAAUAUGAAUGGUUUUGUGGCAUUUUACAAACAGUUUGUAUAGUUUCUUUGUAAAUAUCAUUGAAUGAUCUAUCCCAUUGUUUUGUGAUGUAAUUUCAACUUCUAUGAUUGAUUACGCAAGAUUAUGAUUUUCAAAUUGUGAGGUACUUUUGCUUGUCAUAGUCUAGCCCACAUGAUGCCACUACGUCAUUAAGAAAGAACUUUAUAAUAUGUACGGAGUUGUCAUAAAUAUUUAGUGAGGUUGUUGUACCUGAUCUUGGCAAUGAGGGCUUCGUGAAACGGUUGGCGGACAAGAAGCUCACUAUCUUUGAUUUUUUAAAGAAGUUAGACUUAUGACGGUGUUGAGAAACAAGCCCCAGAGACUACUGCUAAUGCCGGGCACUAGUCCAAAUCAAGGCACCAAUGAGAUAAAAAAUUAUAUUUUGCAUAUGCCUCAGUGUUCUUGCAAUCUCUGUGCAAGUAGAUUGUGAUCUUGACCCAAUUCGCUUGAUUGCAGCCACAUUCUUGCCUACAUGUAUGAAAAGCUUUCUUAACAAUGGCAGUCUCUGUUACAGAAAUUUUGUGAAUUUUUAGACUUAGUACAUGUAUAUGAGCAAAAAAAACCUUCUUUCAUUUCUUUAUAUUUUCAAGGUUUGAGAAUUUUGUGCAAACCUAACACAUUGAUCGCUCUGUAAAGAUUUUUUUAAAAUUCAUUUUCAAUCAGUAAAGUUAAGUAGAUCAUACACUCCCACAAGCCAAUUUUUCUGCCUAUUAAUAAGUCCCUGGAUAUACCAGUUCUGAGUGUUCUCAUGUAAAAUGUAGUUUAUGAAUAUUCACGAGUGCACUGUUGUGUACGUUCACUUCCAUGCUGUUUUGUCUGAUAGACUGGUUCACUGCAGCCGUGGAGUAUAAAUACUGAUGAGAGCUCUGAUUGUUUCUAUGUACUAUUACAAUGUAUGAGUGUAUCAAGGUUGCAGUGUAUAAUUUCAAAUUCUUUUCUCUGAUGACAGCUAUUAGCCCAGGCAACCGCGUAGCCAGGAUUUCAUUUUGGAGGGGGCGGUAAAUGCACGCGAAGCGUGCCAACACUUACAGAGUGCGCGAAGCGCGCUCCCUAGGGGGUGGGUGCAGGGAGGGGGGAGUGGGAGCUUCCCCCUCCCGCGUGAAGCUUUCGGUGUUUCAUAAAUUAAAAUAAAAAGGAGCCGCAUCCCUUGUCUCUAGUACAUGUACCUAUAUCAGCUCCAAUUCAGUUGACUAUAUUGUGAUUUUGAACUUUGUUUUCAAAAGUGAUUGUAAAACGAACAAAGGAUAAAAUGGAGAAAAUUUAAAUAAUAUUAACCCCGCGCGAAGCGCGGAAGCUAAAGCGUUUUAUUUUAUUUUUUGCAAAGAAAAUGGUCCCGAGAAAAGGUUAUUUUCUAAGUUAUAUUGAAUACUUCCCUUGGAAAGAUCAGAUUUGAUUACAAACAAUUUAGCGACAGUGCAUAUCUUAACUCGCAAAACAGAGGAGAAGAAGGAUAUUUGCUGGGAGGAAGGUAUUCCUCCCCGCGCAGAGCAAUGAAACUCUGAGUCUGAAAUUUCAAAGGGCGGACGUUUCAUCAAAUGCAGAUAUUUCUAAUACCCCCAUCAGCUCUAAUCCAAUUAAUUUUCUAAGAUUAUUGAACUUCAUUACAAGGAAAAUAGUGCGCAAAAAGUUGAAACUUCUGUGAUUAUUGAAAUUAUAUAAAACAGGAUGAUGUAAAAUUUCUUUCACUUAUCCUGAUGCGCUUCACUUUGAAUGAUAAAGAAACUUAAGUGUCAUUCAAAAUUUCAAACUGAGGGCGCAAAACAGGACAGGAGAUGAAUGUGCAGGGAAAUGACAUAAAGUUGAAUAGAAUUUGAUUAAAAAAUUGUACUUUUUAAAAUUUAAUACGACACAAAUUUUAUACCUUCCUCUUUUUAAAUUAGGAACCUGUUUGCCCCCAAAUUAUGGUUGUUUAGUAAUGAGCUGAAAAGCGGGAGAAGUUGCCUAUAUGGAGAUGACGGCAGAAAUUGAGAUAAAGAUUUUACCCGCCAGGAGCCGACCCGACCAGAAGUUGCGCGAUCAAUUAAAAAAAAAGAUAAAUUCAUAUACUUCGGCCUAACCUUACUCUAAUUUCAUGCCCUAAUGUAUACAUUUGAACUUUAACUUGCAAGAAACACAUAUAGCUGAGGUGGAAAAACAAGGUUAGAGAAAUGGUGAGGGAAACAAAGGAGAACUGCAAUAUUGUCAUUUAACCGCGCACAGCGCGGAAGCAAAAUUCAUAUAUAUAAAUUUAAAGCAAGAGUCACAGAGUUUCUUUUUUGAGAAAAAAAUUAAGAAUAAAAAGAAAAACCCACAAAGCUACCUUUCCUCCCUUCGCUUUUCCUUUUCUCUCUUUUUUCCCUUCUUUUUUUCUUUUUGGGGACGUUGUUUUUUUGGGGGGCGACAGCCCCCACUGCCCCCCCUGGCUACGCGCCUGAGCCCAGGGCCCUUGUCAUGUCCAAACCCUAGGCUGGGGGGGGGGUCCAAAUUGGGAAAAGAUUUUUCCUCAAUGUUUCCUGACUUUUCUUUCAAGUCUAAUUUCACAAGUCACCACAACUCCCACUUAUGUUUUUUUUUAAAGAAUAUGUUACAUUUUGUAAGUGCUUGUCAGACUCAAACUUUUAAAAAAAUUUGUCAUAUGAACAAAAAUUACAAAUUCUGUUUCUAGCCAAUUUCUUAAAUUGAUUGUUAUUUUUACUUUUACUAAUUGAAAUCAAGGAAACUCAUCUUCUUAAUGUUUAUUGAAAAAAGAGAGAAAUUCUAUUAAAUCG